CCCACGCCGCCCCAUGGCGACUUCCAAGGCCGAGCUCCGGCCUGCCCCGAGUGUGAACUCUGAAGACCCAGAGGAGAGGAUCGCUGCUCGUCGAAUCCGGAUCGCCCAGAGGCUGGAGGAGAAGCGACGGGAACUCAGAGGUAGCAAUGAAGUUGUGGAAGAAGGUGAUGGCAUAGAGAAGCUUAAUAAAAGCUGCAAACAGGUUGUGGACACGCACAAGAGAUUGUUGAAGUUAAAAAGAGAUGGGAUAUCAUUGGUCACAAACGUGCAAGUUGCUGAAGACUCCAGGGAGAUGUACAGGAGAAAUCUAGAGAGAGAAGCACUAAGUCAGAGGACUGCAAAGCUGGAAAAUGAAGCCAUCAUGAGUGAGGAAAAGUUUGAGGCCAUCACAAAGAAAUGGGUAUCAGCAAAAGCUCUUAAGAUCCCACAGGAUUUGCGCGACAUUCUCGUCAAACAGCAACAGCAGUGUGCCCAAUUAAUUGAAGGAAAGAACAAUCUUAUUACUACUUUGCAAAAGGAGCUAAAGUUGAGUGAUGAUCGUUAUGUAAAAGAUCUCAAGAAAUUAGCUGAAGACAUUGACCUGAUGUUGGAACGUAUGGAAGAACAAAUAAAGACCUUAUCCAAGUCCUAUAGAAUGGAAAUGAAGGAGAUAGAGAAAGCCUUUCAGCUGGAACGCCACGAACUAAUGAAAAACAAUCUAUUGCUAUGGGAAAAGAAAAUGCAGACGCGAAGAGACAAAGAGAUCGAGUAUCUUGUGGUCAGAAUGGAGAAGGUGGAAGAGUAUGAGAAUCAGCUUCAGCAGGUGCGGGUGCAAGAUGCAGAGGAAUACGAUAUGAUCAAAAUGAAGUUGCUGACUGAUGUAGAGAUUUUGGAGCAGCAGCUGGAGCAGAUGAAAGCUACGUAUCAACUAAAUCAAGAGAAACUUGAAUAUAACUUCCAGGUGUUGAAGAAACGUGAUGAGGAGAACACAAUAACCAAAAUGCAGCAGAAGAGGAAAAUUGCAAGGCUGCAUGAUUCUCUGAACAGACUUCUGGUAAAAUUUAGUAAACAAGAGAAAAUGUAUCGAGAAGAGAACCAGUCCCUAACUGACCAGUACAAGAGAACGGUGGAACUUUACAAGGACCUUCAGAAGAAAAUGAGGCAUUUUGCUGCCGUCGAUGCAAAGAAGUUUCAGGGCAUUUGGUUGAUGAAUGAGGAAGAGGCAAAGGAUCUGGUCAGAAAAGCCCUCGAUGCUGAUGAGAUAAUACACAAUCAACAGCUGGGCUUGACCUGGACAAUGCCAGAACUAUGCUUCUUGAAGAAUGUUGGACCGAUUGUAUCGUGCACUGGGAAGAAAAAGUCAGCGGUCCAGCUUGCAGAAGAAGUUAUUCUAGGAGAUCAACAGUCAUGGAAUUUCCAGGAAAAAGCAGGAAAUGGAGAGAAAUCAUCGAUGUGGAAUUCCAUUUUCCAAAAUAUUUGUUAUUCGGCCAGUGAGGACAAGGCAAUGGCGCUGUGUGGUGGAAAACCUGGAGAAAUCUCAUUGAAAACAGUUAAAACAUUGUUAGAAGUUUUGUGCGAUGAAACAGGAUUCCUGAUUGAAAACAAGCUUCUGAAAAUUCUUAGUUCCCUGAAGCAAGAUGAACAAUCGCUAAUUAAACUUGAUGCCAUAUUUACGGCUUUGGGAAUUGAAAAUGAAGAUGAUAUCAUCAAACUGACAGAGUUUUUUAUAAAGAAUUGUGAAACAUCCAAGUAUGAAUUGGAUAAGGAGACAGAUAUAUUGUUGAAGCAGCUUGAUGAAGAGGUGGUAGAAGAAAUGGAAGAUGAAGUAGAGGGUCAAGGAGAUACUUUGGAAGAAGUAUGCAUAAGUGAAGAAGAGGAUAAAAAGAUAAAAGCCUGUGCAGAUUUGAUAUCUCAGCAGCGUUUGCAACUUGUUCAUCCCAAUGAUAUCCUCAGAACUUUAAGACUUUUCCUAGAGGAAAAUGAUCAAGCAAGGGACAAAGCACACACCAAAAUGUCCAGUGCGAAGGAGAGAGAUAGCUCUGAGGAUAGUGCAUACUGGGGCGCCAUGGCAAACGUAAUCCCAGAAAAUAAAUUGAAGGUCUGGAACUGUCUUGAGGAUUCAUUGGGCAAAUACUUUCAAAUAUUGGUGAAAAGAUCAAACUUAAAUACUGAGAAGUGCAGCCUUGCUCAGCAAAAUGCAGAGUUCAGAUUAUUAUUACAGCAGUACAUGCAUUCUUCGGUGAACAAUGAGCUUGAGAUUCCGCCAACGCAGCUGAUGCAAUUUAGUCUUGAUCAGCAAUAAACCACUAAGUUAGAAGAAUUCACAACGCAUGAUUAACCAGUAAAGCAAGCAAUGAGUGAUUUAUUAGUUUUCAAUGGAUGAGCCUUGGUUCUGGAAUACUUUUUCCACACCUUUAUCUUAUUACCUCUGGGUGACCUAAGUCACACCUCAUUUGUCUACAUCGUAAUGGUUGGUAUCGUAUAAUUGUUUAUAUGAGAAAUGGUUAGAAAUAAAGUUUUAAACAAUUAGGACUGCAAAAAAGAAUUAUUUUUGUUGAAAGGGUUGCUAAUCUAUAUGUGUAAUUUGCUCUUAUUUGGCAAUAUAACUGGCAAACUAUCUCUUCAAAUAAGAUGCAUAAGAAAUGUUUAAAUGAAUCAGAAUCAUUUUUGUUUCCAUUGUAUAGUGGUUAGUCUUUUCAGGAUGGUGAUCAGAAGCACUAAGUUGACUGAGGACGUGAACCCAUAUUUCACAUACCAUGAACAGUCCUUGAAUGCUUUUCAUCAUGUGAGCAUCAUUGUGUUAUUUGUGAGAGCUGCUUGUGCUGGUGACUAUAUUUGACGGUCAGCAUUUGUUGUCUUUGGUGACUUGGAAUGUACAGAUUGCUGUUAAAAAAGAAAUUAAAUUUAACAAAUAGCU